UGUUGCAUAAUUAGUACUUACUGAAGUACAAAAAUUAAACUAUAAAGGACACAAUAGCAACAGUGAACAGAUCCUGGAAAACCAGUUAGAUAAACAUCAAAAUGACAGGAAUGGCUGAAUGCUUUCUUUAUCUAUUAAUCAUUUCUGAUGUGUAGUGGAGUUUUUGAGAAACUCUUCAGCCUAAUGGAGGAGUCCGAGCAGCUUUUGGCUGCCAGGUCAGAGGCGAGCAGGCAAAACGGCCACUGCAGGCUGGAGACAAAGGCGGUGGAGGAUUUUAGACGGAGGAUCAAAUAUUUCUUCAUGAACCCCUGUGAGAAGUACAGAGCCAGGGGUCGGAUACCGUGGAAACUGAUGAUACAAAUAUUAAAAAUCGCGAUCAUUACAAUCCAGCUGGUCUCCUUUGGCCUGAGCAAUGAAAUGAUGGUCACUUUCAAAGACGAAAAUCUGAUGACAUUCAGGAAUCUGUUCCUCAAAGGAUACAAGGAUCACCAGUACGGAAGCUUUUCCCUUUACACCAAAAGAGAUGUGUAUGAGCACAUUAACUACAUUAUCAACAAGUACACCGGUCUCCAAAACCUCACUGUAGGUAACCUCAUGUAUGAGCAGGUUAAUGGUGACUACACUCCUCUGACUGUGUGUCAGGUGUUCUACAGAAACAGCACCAUUGAUCCUGAAGAUGACACCUUUGAUAUUGAUCCGCAUAUCGAUGAAGAUUGUAUUUCCAUACACCCUAUGCAACCAUUGGGCAAUAACACUUUGGCAACACAUGCCAACUUCUCUUUGGAUUUCAAAAGGCUGCUAUCAGUGAACAUCUACCUUAGUCUGAAAACCAUCAAUCUGCAGACUGUGCGGCACCACGAGCUACCAGAUUGUUAUGACUUCCACAUAAUGAUAAUAUUUGAUAAUCGUGCACACAGUGGGAAGAUAAAGGUUGAUAUUAAAAAUGAUGUUAGAAUUUAUGAAUGCAGUGACUGGAACGUGGAAGGCACCUCUGGGAAGAAUGAUUAUCUCCUGCUGUCAUUUGAUUCUGUGGUCAUCCUCGCCUGUUUCACCUCUCUCAUCCUCUGCCUACGAUCUGUCAUCAAUGGUAUCCAGCUCCAGUUUGAGUUCACCAUAUUCUUCCAUGCCUACUACAAUAAAAUUGUGUCUUGGUCAGACCGCAUGGAGUUUGUGAAUGGCUGGUAUAUCCUCAUCAUUGUCAGUGACACGCUGACCAUCGCUGGAUCGGUGCUGAAAAUUGGAAUACAGACAAAGUUCCUAACAAACUAUGACAUCUGCAGUAUCUUGCUGGGAACAGCCACGAUGCUUGUCUGGGUUGGUGUGAUUCGUUACCUAAGUUUCUUCAAGAAAUACAAUAUCUUAAUCUUAACCUUAAGGGCGGCAUUGCCCAAUGUGAUCCGUUUCUGCUGCUGUGCAGCCAUGAUCUACUUUGGGUACUGUUUCUGUGGCUGGAUUGUCCUUGGACCUUACCAUGACAAAUUCAGAACACUGGACAAAGUGACAGACUGCCUCUUCUCUCUCAUCAACGGUGAUGAUAUGUAUUCCACCUUUCUGAAGAUGAGAGACAAGACCUACAUGGUGUGGCUCUUCAGCAGACUCUACCUCUACUCCUUCAUCUCUAUCUUCAUCUACAUGGUGCUCAGUCUGUUCAUUGCUCUUAUCACUGACACGUAUGAAACCAUCAAGCAUCAUCAGCAAGACAAGGAUCUGGUGUCCCAGCUUCAAGCCUUUAUCUCAGAGUGCAGAGAUCAGCCCGAGUCUGGACAAUACCAGACUGACAAAGAGCCAACCUGCUGUGUGUCUUCAUGUUGCUGCUUUGGAUAAAACAACAGGGCCAAGUGUGAGCAAAGAGUUGGCCUCAUGUGACUGCAAAAUGCCCCAACGGGUCCUGAGCGUCUGUGUAGAGCCUUUGUGUACACUAUUGCCUGAGAGUGCUAGAAUAUCUUCUAACUUUAAUAGAUGCACUUUUACUUCAGUUUAAACUUGAUGAGAACUAUUUAAGGAAAUAAGCAAACUUCCUCUGUUAAAGACUGCUUAGAAGAUCGCGUGGUGACAUGAUAAGGUCACAUUAAGAGCCAGUGUAUCAUUAAUAUCAAUCAAUGCAGUAUAAAUAUCUUUAAACUAUAUUCACUUCUUUUCAGUGUUGUAUUCAAAAGUGCAGGGCAGAAGUCUCAGACAUUAGUGGGGAAAAACACUAAGAACUUUGUCCUGGCUGCACAACAACAAUGUAACUUGUAACAAUGUGCCUUUUUUUCUUGCUUUCUUUCUUUCUUUCUUUUCUUACAAGCACUUAAGUAAAAAAUUUAAACAUAUUUCCAUUUUCAUAACCACUUAUCCAACUUAGAGUUGUCAUGGGUGCUGAAGCCUAACCCAGAUGAUAUAGUAUGAAAGGUAGGGUACACCUUGGACAGGUCACUAGUCCAUCACAGGGCCAAAGACAGACAACUAUUCAAGCAUAUGGCCAAUUUACAAUCACCAAUUAACCUAACAAGCAUGUCUUUGGAUUGUGGGAAUAAACUGGAGCACCCACACAGGGAGAACAUGCAAAGUCCACACAAGAAGGAGCUGACCAGGAGGUCCAAACCCAGAACCUUUUUGCUGUAGGGAAACCAUGCUAACUGCUCCACCACUCAAAUAAAUGUCACAAUAUAAUACUUGUUUGUAUUUUUGUUUGUGCUUUCUUUUCUUUUCUUUUGCAC